AUUAGUCUUGCAACUCAAGUUUCCACUACUUCCUCAAUCAACCACAACGUCCUCCAUAUUCCUCUAUUAAUAUUCUCUUGAAAUUUACCAAAAAAAAAGCAAACUUUAGAGCGUGACAUAUCCAUCCCCACACAACAACAAUGGCCAAUUAUGCAACUCUCUUCCUUCUCUUUCUCACUAUCUCAGCCUUCUUAUCCUCCUCUUUCAUUGAUGGAGCUCAGCUUAUAAUAGUGAAUAACUGCCAGGAGAGCAUAUGGCCGGGAAUUCUCGGCGGCGGAGGUCAAAUCACGCCGAGAAACGGCGGUUUCCACAUGGGAAGCGGCGAAGAAACCAUAAUCGACGUACCGGAUAAAUGGUCCGGUCGAAUCUGGGGUCGACAAGGCUGCACCUUUAACCAAAACGGCAAAGGCUCAUGCCAAACCGGAGAUUGCAACGGCGGUUCAAUCAAUUGCCAAGGAACCGGCGGUGUACCACCAGCGACCGUCGUGGAAAUGACAUUAGGCUCAUCUUCUUCGCCGCUACAUUUCUACGACGUGAGUCUAGUCGACGGGUUCAACCUUCCGGUAUCGAUGAAACCAAUCGGCGGUGGAGUUGGUUGUGGCGUUGCGGCUUGUGAAGUUAAUCUGAAUGUUUGCUGUCCUUCGGCUUUGGAAGUUAAGAGAGACGGUAAAGUGGUUGGUUGUAAAAGUGCUUGCUUGGCGAUGCAAUCGGCCAAGUACUGUUGUACCGGAGAAUAUGCCAAUCCUAAGGCUUGUAAGCCGACUCUGUUCGCCAACCUGUUUAAAGCGAUUUGUCCGAAAGCUUAUAGUUAUGCGUUCGAUGACUCGAGUAGUUUGAAUAAGUGUAGGGCUUCUCGUUAUGUUAUCACUUUCUGUCCGCCAAAGUGAGAGGAUUUGAUUGU